CACCUCGUCCGCGCCUUAUAAACUCCCUCCUCGAGGGACAAGUGUGGCACAACCCACCCGCUGCUGAAGAGUCGUGGAACCAGACCCACACCAGCGGGCAACACAAAGGAGGCGGAAACAUGACGGAGCCACUGGAUGAAGAUCAAGUAGCAAUGCUGCGGCGAGCGUUCUCGAUGUUCGACACGGGCAAGAAGGGCGGCAUCGAGAAGGAGAAGGUGCGCACCAUCCUCAACACGCUCGGCCUCAUGAUCGACGAACAGGAGCUGGAGGUGCUGUUGGAGGCGGCGAACAAGGACGAGAGCGACAAGCUGAACUUCGACUCGUUCUGCAAGGUGGCCGUGCACUUCUUGGACGAGGACGACGAGGUCAUGCAGAAGGAGCUGAAGGAGGCCUUCCGGCUCUACGACAAGGAAGGCAACGGCUACAUCCCCACGUCCAGCCUGCGGGAGAUCCUGAUGGCGCUGGACGACCAGCUCACGCCCGACCAGCUGGACGAGAUGAUCGCCGAGAUCGACACUGACGGCUCGGGCACGGUGGACUUCGACGAGUUCAUGGAAAUGAUGACUGGUGAUUAAUUGAUACGGAGAGCGGCUGGGUUUGCGUCCACGCAUCUUUCCAGAUCUUCCUGAAGCCAGAACACGUGGCACAUCAAUCAUCUUGCAUUUAACCUGUUGUAUUUUGUUGCUAUUACGUUGUAAUGUUGUAGAAUAACGAUGACUCAAAUAAAAGUGAAGGUUUGAAAA